AUGCGCUUCGGACUCACCACCAUCGUCACGACGCUUGCCGUCCUGGUAGCAGACGUUACCGCUGCACCCUCAGCAGAGCUUGAGACUCGGGCUCUUACAGCUGAUCAAACCGGUGGUCUUACCAUGCAGAACAAUGGAAGGGCUACUGGCAAGAUCCGAGCCCUUGCAUGGGAUGCAACUCUUGCUUCUCAAGCUACGGCCUACGCCCAGCAGCUCGGUUCGCUCCAGAGACUCCAGCACUCAGGCGUUGGAGGCGAGAAUCUGUUUUACGAGUCUGCCGGCACCAAGCCUUACACUGACGCUGCCGUCGCGUGGAUGAAGGAGGCGCCUUACUAUCACCACGAGGCUAUCCCUCAGGGUGCAUUCUCAUCCUACGGUCACUACACGCAAUGCAUGUGGAACACAACGACCAAGGUCGGUAUGGGUGCCUAUAAAGACUCCAACGGAGCGUGGUGGGUUGUCGCAAGAUACAGCCCUCCCGGAAACUAUGUUGGCAAGAAGCCCUUCUAA